AUGGAGCCCGCCACGCCUCAAGACUCGAAUACUGGUCAGGAGACCCGCGCCACCCGUCGGACCCGGUUCGUGUGCAUCUCAGAUACGCACAACGCGAACAUCGCCCUUCCUAAAGGGGAUGUCCUCAUCCACGCUGGAGACCUCACGAACAAGGGGAGCCACUCAGAACUCUCUAAAACGGUUCAAUGGCUGGAGAAAGCCAACUUUGAAUGCAAGAUAGUCAUAGCAGGAAACCACGAGCUCACACUCGACGAGCCGUACUACACCGGCCUGAAAGCCUCAAGUUCUUCCUAUGACGAAGACGUGGGCGCAUGCCUUGACAUUCUCAAAACCUCGUCGCUCACCUACCUCUGCCACGAUUCUGCCGAAAUUCGCCUCACGUCUCCCUCCGGACCUCGCACACGCUUCACGGUAUUCGGCUCCCCGUAUAGCCCGCGACGGGGCGAGGAGACCGCCUUCUCCGCAUUCGUCUAUGACUCUCCUACCAACCCUUCCGGCCAGGCUCCCACGCUUUGGGCCGACAUCGCCCCGGGACGGAUAUCGUGGUGA